CUGGUAGAACAGACUUGCUAACAUUCUACAAAAUUUUCUCUCUCUAUCAUGCUACAAAAUCAUCUCUCUCUCUCUCUGCUUCUGCUUCCAUUGUAUGCCACAUCAAUCUGUUUCCCUAUAUACUCUUCUCUCUUACCUAAACUCUCAUUUAUACACAAUACCCUGUUCACUUUUCAAUGGAUUCUGGUCUCUGCUUUAUCCUGCCUCUGUUCUGAAGUGGGUGUAGUUCUUGAAGAAGAAUAUGAUGAUGAUGAUGAUGAUGAUGAUGAGGUUUCAUAAAAUGGGUUAAUUUGAUUUCAUAACAUCUCCGAUGGCAAAGAAGACUUGCUGGAUUGGUUGGUUCAAAAGGCUGUUUGCCUCUGAGGAAAAACCAAGAACAGAGAAGAAAUCAAAGAGGCAGAGAUUGAUUCUUGGAAGGCUAAAGUUUAAACAACGUCCUGCUCUUCCAUCACCUCAGAGGACCAUCGAUGAGGCAACGGAAAAACAGAGAAAAUAUGCUGUGACUUUAGCUCUUGCGACGGCGGCUGCUGCGGAGGCUGCAGUUGCUGCUGCUCAGGCUGCAGCUGAGGUUGUCAGGCUCACUGGUUCUUCUCAAUCUCGUCUUCAUUUCACCAAGAAAUUAGAUGAAAACUUAGCUGCCAUCAAGAUACAGAGUGCUUUCCGUGGAUAUCUUGCAAGGAAAGCUUUGAGAGCAUUGAAAGGACUUGUGAAGCUUCAAGCCAUUGUCCGUGGACAAGUUGUGCGACGUAAAAUAGUCAUGAAAUUGAAGAGCUUGCCAUCCAAUGCAAAGACACGAUCACAGGUCCGAGCACAGAGCAUUCAUAAUAUAGAUGACAUUUGUAAAGAAGGUGGAAAUAAACAAUUGUCCAAGGAGUUGGGAGACAUGGACAGUAAGGGGAAGAACCAGAAAAAAGAUCUAGAAUCAAUUGAAAUGCUUGAAUGCAAAAGCCAAAGAUGCUGGGAUUACAGUAUGCUUUCAAAGGAAGACACAGAAAGCCUAUGGUUCAGGAAGCAAGAGGCUAGCAUCAAAAGAGACCGAAUGAUGACAUACUCAUUUUCUCACCGGGAGAGGAGAAACACUGGUAUGCUGGAAGAAUCACUACCCAACAAGGAAACUGGUAGACAGAGCCACUGGUUGGAACAAUUGGUGGACAAAGAUACAUUCGCUAGAGGACGGAUAGAGAAUUUGAAAGCAACUACCAUUUCUGAUCCAUCCACUGGUGACAUAUUUGGUGCAGUACAAGUCAAAACGAGAAGUUCACGGAAACAAGAUUCCAUAGAAGGAUUGAAUUCACCAGUAUCAUUUCCAAGAAGAUCAUUUUGUCGCACACAACGGAAUACCGAAGGAUAUGACAGUUCUCCCUUGAAUUCUCCGGUUUUCCCAACUUACAUGGCUGCAACAGAGUCUGCAAAGGCAAAAGCAAGGUCAAUGAGCACACCGAGGCCACGAAUAGGAAUUCAGGAUCCUUGCUUCGAUGAUAGCUUAUCAUACAAGAAAGGACUCUCUCUUUGGUCUUCUUAUAAUGGUGAAUUGUAUGGCACCUUUGGAAAGAGUAGUGGUGCUUCUCAGCGUGUUCCUGUGAGCAUGUAUCGCCAAUAUUGAGAUACCUGGCUGGUUUCUCAACAAAAUUAAUACGAACCAGAAGAGUUAAUUCCAAAGGACUUUCAGCUUGAUCAGUCACUAACAGGACACUGAAGUAACUUCAAGAUGUGGUCAUUUGAGGAUUCCAUUGACAAAUAACAAUAAACAGCGGUUCAAAUGAUCCUUCUGUGCCUGGAAAGUAAUUUUGUGGGGUGAAUUGCAAGGUAUAAGUUUCUGGUAGAUCUCAUUUCAAUCUUUGAUGUCCAUAAUCAAUCACUUGAUCACUUAUAUAUUAUAUAUUAUUUUUCUUUUUGA